CUUCACUUCAAUAAACGAAAACUUCCCUCUUUUUUUUAAAAAAAUACCCCCUCACCUAUCAUUUCUCCCCUUCCUCUCAUUUAUCUGUCUUUGAUAAUAAACAAAUGAAAAAGUCUUCAUUAUCCUACUUCCCCAUUGUGGUAGCAGGCGUCUGUUUAGCAGUUUUUGUAAUGACAGCCGAUGCUGUUAAUGUUAUUCAUCCCAAGUACAAGAAGGGGGGUAACAAUGUUAUUCCUGGUCGUUAUCUUGUAAAUUUCGAAAAUAAAUCUGCCGGCACUCUCUUUGCUCAAUCAUUGGAAGCCAGCAAUGUAGAUUUAUCCAUCAAGAAAAAGUAUUCUCACGAAUUUUUCAAUGGUCUUUCCGUUCAUAUUGACCCCACUGAUGACAAAAUUCAUGCCUCUACAUUAAAAACUAUUCUUGAUCGAUCUGAUGUUCGUUCAGUUACUCCUGUAAGAUUGAUCCAACGUCCUAAAGUCACUGUUAAGACGAUCAAGAAGGGAACAAAGGUUCCUGUUGCUUCUGUCAUCCCUCACGCAAUGACUCAAGUUGACAGAGUGCACACAGAGCUCAAGAAUAAGGGUAAAGGUGUCCUUGUUGCCAUUCUUGAUACAGGUGUAGAUUACAUGCUUCCUGCCUUAGGUGGUGGUUUUGGUAAAGGUUUUAAGGUCAGCAAGGGUUACGAUUUGGUCGGUGAUGCAUACAACGGCUACAAUACUCCUAAGCCUGACAGUGAUCCUCUUGAUGCUUGUGGUGCCGAAUCUGGAGCUUCUGGUCAUGGUACCCAUGUAUCUGGUAUUGUUGCUGGAUUUGAUCCUUCCAAUAACUUUACCGGUGUAGCCCCUGAGGCCAAUCUCGCCAUGUUCAGAUUAUUUGGCUGUACUGGUGCUACUGGUACUGAUGUUAUUAUUGAAGGUAUCCUAAUGGCUUACGAUUCAGGAGCCGAUGUUAUCAAUCUUAGUUUGGGUGAAUACAGCUCUUGGGGUGAUGGUGAUGUCGAAGAAGAUGUUAUCAAUAAGGUUGUUGCCAAGGGUGUAAACAUGGUGUUUUCUGCCGGUAAUGCUGGUGAUAAUGGUAUUUCUACAGUUGGUAAACCCAGUACUGCCUCUGCCGGAUUUUCUAUUGCUUCCAUUGAAAACGCAUACCAUACUAUCCGAACACUCACUGCUUCUGGUAUUGAUGGACCUAUUACCUACCUUCCUGGUGGCGAUGAUACUAUUGCUGAUAACGAAGUAGUUAUGUCUGACAAAACUGGUGCCGCUGAAGAUUCUUGUACACCUGAACAAGUUUCUCCUAAUGUCAAUGGUAAGAUUGCUCUUGUUCAAAGAGGUACUUGUUUGUUCGAAGACAAGGCUGUGAAUGCCAUGAAGGCUGGUGCUGUUGCUGUAAUCUUUUACAACAAUAUUCCCGGUGAAGAAAUCCUCAUUUCAGUUACUGCUAAUAUCCCCGUUAUUUCUAUCACCAAUGCCGAUGGUAAGGCUCUUGCUGCCGCUAUCAAGAAGGGUACUGUUAAACUCACGUUUGACCACAAGGAAGUUGUUGCUCCAUCAAAUCUCGGUGGCACAGUUUCUGAUUUCUCUAGUUUGGGUGCUGAAGCUGAACUUAACUUCAAGCCUCAAAUUGCUGGUAUCGGUGGUAAUGUAUACUCCACUUUACCCCGUUUCCUUGGUGGUUGGGGUAUCAUGUCUGGUACUUCCAUGUCUGCUCCUUAUGUUGCUGGAACCAUGGCUUUGUACAUCAAUUCUGAAGGUUCAAAGAAAAGACAAGCUGUUUCAUUUGUUCAUGAACAAUUCCAAAACUAUGCCCUCCCUGUUAAGGUUUACAAUUCUUCCGUGAUUGAUUCCCCUGUUCGUCAAGGUGCAGGUCUUGUUCAAGUUUACGACGCUAUUACCCAAAAGACCCACAUUACCCCUGCUCAAAUCAGUUUCAACGAUACUUCCUCCUCCAAAUACAAGAAACAAACUAUCACUAUUACCAACCGCGGUCCCAAGACUAUCUCAUACGAGGUUAAGAACGAUGUAUCUACUGCUAUUGCCCCUUAUGAUGUCAAGACUUCUGGUUAUACACCACUUGAACCUGCCGAAAAUUACUCUGCUGCUGCCAAGUUGCGUUUCUCUACUAAAUCAUUCAAGCUUGCUCCUGGAAAAUCCAAGAAGAUUACUGUUACUGUCACCCCUCCCAAGACUAACCCUCGCGAUCAUAUUUACUAUGGUGGUUAUAUCCAUGUUGUUUCCAAGCAGAAGUCCAGUGGUAAGGAUAUCAAGGUUCCCUACUUUGGUGUAGUCGGUUCUCAAAAGACCCUUCCUAUUUUUGAUACCGAAUCUGGAUUCCCCACUGUUAUUGAUCAAUCUGGCAAUGAGUAUGGAGCUAAGGAUGUUUUUACUUUUGACCGCUCUAUUAAGAACUCUGAACCUGUUGCCGUUAUUCGCUUGUUGACUCCUUCUAAGACUAUCAAAGCUGAACUUUUAAACGCCACGACUAAAAAGGUUGUUGGUGUAUUCUUGACUGGUUUAGAUUAUAAUGGCCGUAACUUCCUUAACAGCGAUGACAACCAAUACAGUACUUAUAUUUGGGAUGGUACUUAUAUCCCUUCAUCAAUGCCUGAUGCUCCCCUUCCUAUUCCUGCACCUGCCGGUACUUACGUAUUACGUUUGAGUGCCCUCAAAUUAUUUGGUAACCCCAAGACCAAGAAAGAUUGGGAGACCUGGACUUCAGGAUCUGUUGUCCUCAAGAACUAAGUCACUUCGUACCUCAUUCUAUCUUUAAAUAAUAAUGUAAUAUCACUUCUAAUUAUUAAUUAAUAAAAUUAACCGUAACUAUAACUUUUUCCGUCAUUGUAACAACCUGUGUUAAGAGCAUGAACCAUAAAAUCUGCUUUUAUCAUCGUAGUUACACGCGAG